AUGUCCGCCCCCGCGACGCCGACGAACGCCGGUGGCAGCGAGUUCCCCGCUUCUUCUCCCCUCAAGAAGUUCAAGCUCGUCUUCCUCGGAGAGCAGAGCGUCGGAAAGACGAGUCUGAUUACCCGCUUCGUGAGCUUACCCGGCCAAGCACGCGCUGACACGCCCGCUCGUGCUCCGACACUGACAGCAGGCAUCGAUUUCCUCUCGAAGACCAUGUACCUCGAGGACAGGACAGUACGCCUGCAGCUGUGGGACACUGCAGGACAACUGACUACAGACCGCAACUCCUUCCUCAACACGACGAAGUGGGUGGACGACGUCCGCAACGAGCGCGGAGACGACGUGAUCAUUGUGCUUGUCGGCAACAAGACGGAUCUGAACGACAAGCGCCAGGUCACCCCGGAAGACCUCGAUAAGCGUGCGAAGGAGCUGGGCGUUAUGAGCAUCGAGACUAGCGCCAAGGCUGGACACAACGUCAAGGCUCUGUUCAAGAAGAUUGCGAUGGCUCUUCCUGGCGGCAACGUCGAAGCGUCAACCACCGCCAACCAAAAGAUCGACGUCUCCGCACCCGCCGAGGAGCCUCCUCAGGCCUCGGGCUGUGCCUGCUAA